AGAGUAAAAGGAAAUUGUGGUCAUUGAGUCUUCCUUCCUCCCUCCCUCCCUCCCUCCCUCCCUUCUUUUCCCUCCCUCCCACCUUCCCCACCAACAACUUCUGGAGGGAAGCCCUUCCACCGAUUAACAGACUAGCAGAAGACCUUGGAGACCCCCUGCUCAAGCAGCAGACCCUCUACAACAGGCACCCUCAAACUACGGCCCACGGGCAAAGAAUACGGCCCGCGGAGUGGUGUGAUUAAGCCCCGCCCCUUGCCCCGCCCCUAACUGCCUUAUCUCCCAGCGAGCCAGCUGCAAGGCCAGCUGAGGGCCAGCUGAGGGGUGAUCUCGCCGGUGCAGCCUGGAAAAGCAGCUCUGGGCUUGUAAAGAACUCCUUUAAAUUAAAAGUCUUUAAAACAAUUUAAAUGGGGGCUUAGAAGGAGAAAAGCCAGAAAAUAGACAGUUAAAUUGGCCACGCCCACCCAGUCACAUGACCACCUAGCCAUGCCCACCCACCCCGUCCGGUCCCCCAACAGUCUGAGGGACUGUGAAUUGGCCCCCUCUUUAAAACAUUGGAGGACCCCUGCUCUACAACCUCAGACAAAUGGCUGUCCAGAAUAUUGGGGUGCAUCCCAAGGUCUCCUCACCUCCGAGAAGAAAACCUUCCCGAUGGUCUUCUCUCUUAGAUCGGGACGGGGCAGGUUCAUCAUUACGUCACAUACUGCAUCUGGAAGUGGAAGUCGGGGAAGAGUGUGUCUACUUUUUAUACUUGUGGGCGGAGAUUCAGGAACACCACCUGAAGCUGCUGUGACCACUCUAGGAUAUUGCCCCCAUCCAUCCUCAACUUUGGAAAGUCACUUGGUGAAACAGCGCAUGUGCGAAGUCCAUUUCAGCUCUGCCGUCGUCGUGGAAGGACCUGUUCAUUGCAGCUCCAGCGUAGAGGUCUCUAUCUGUCGGGUAGGCCUCGGCUUCGGUCUUGGGGGUCCAGGUGUGCUCCGGAAGGUGUCGUCUUGCAGCGGCUUCGUCAAAGUGAAGAUCCUGAUGGCGUUGGAGUCCCGGCGACGAAUGCAGGUUCAUCAUUACAUCACAUACUGCAUCUGGAAGUGGAAGUCGGGGAAGAGUGUGUCUACUUUUUAUACUUGUGGGCAGAGAUUCAGGUGGCGACUGGGCAUGCGCGAGGCUCAUUUCGCGCCGGAGGUCGUCUGGUGAGGAGCUCCUUAUUGCUGCUCUCAGGCCUAGGCCUAGGCCUGCUGGUGGGGGGCUGGGCUUGCUCCUGGCGGGCCCGUAGCCCUCCCUGGGCGUCGGAUGCCAUGGCUGGGCCCCUGCAUCUUGGGCGAAGGCUGGAAGAAGGCGAGGAGGUGAGGCGGUCGCAGGUCGAGGAUCCCUGGAGACGGUGGCGGCGGCUGUCGUAAGUCGAGGAUCUCCCGGAUUCGGCGGCACGGUAGCGGCGGUGUCAGCUGAAGCAGGCAAAACUGAGGCUGACAGGCAGUGGAUCCUGGGCGACGUUGGAGGACCUCCGGAUGGGCCAGGAAGCCUGGUGGAGGCCGCGUGGUUGGUAUUUAGCUGGAAAUGGCCCCUGGACGCCUGGACCAUGACUUAAGUACCUGGGAGGCGGAGCUAAGUGAAUGAAACAAUACUGAUUUGGUGCGCAGGAC